AUGCCGAAAUCAGAACGAGAAUCCGGCGGCGUCGACUUGACAAACGUCUCGGUUCGAGUGUGUGGUCUCGCAGCGAAAGUAUUACAAUCGACAAUGAAACUGCUUUCGAUAUAAUUUCAGUACUGGCUCAUUUACUUUAUGAUUUGUCAAUUAUUACUGGGCAUUACAAAUUUGACAUUUUUUAUUACAAGGUACGGAUACAAUUUUUUAGAACUCUUAAAAACGAUGUCUUACAGAAUACCAACAAAAAGUGGUUCAGAAGCGAAUAGUGGAAUUUUAAAUGUAAAUUUAAAAAACAAUGUUUUAGGUACUUAGAAACAUAGUUGCCACGGGCCGGGCCGGGCCGGGCCGGGCCGGGCCGAAAUUUCAAAACUCCGGCCCGGCCCGGCCUGUCGGCCCGGCCCGGCCCGGCCCGGCCCGACCCUGGCCCGGCCCGGUCGGCCCGGUUCAAAAAGCGGGAAUUCAAAAAUUUGAAUAAUUGAUCGCAUGAAGCCAUUUUUUUGUAGAAUUAGGGGUUUUUUGCAAGCAUCGAAAAAUUGAAAAAAACAAAUGUAUUUCUCAUAAAAAAAUUCAUAAUAGCAAAAAAACAAAGAAGAAACACUAAAACUUUAGUUCGAAAAAUUUUUUUUGUAAUAACGAAAAAAAUUUCCGCGAAAAAUUUGAAUUCCCGCUUUUUGAACCGGGCCGACCGGGCCGGGCCGGGCCGGCACUUCACCGACCCGGCCCGGCCCGGGCCGGCACUUUACCGGCCCGGCCCGGCCCGGCCCGGGCCGACCCGGGCCGGCCCGCAUGGCCGGCCCGAAAUCUGGCAAGUCUGCUUAGAAAGUCUCAAAAAAUCGAUAUUCAGCUCUUCUGCGUCGUCCUUCUUCUCUGCUCAUUUUGGUGUCAGUCCAAGACGUUUUUCACAAUUUUGACUGUAAUUUUGGUAAACAUUCAAAUGCUUGGCCCGAAAUUUUUUAAAGGACAUUUUUAAGGGUAUAGACGGUUGCGCUGAAUGCUAUCUCCUUUUCACACGAAUUUUGAUGGUUCUCGAAGUGAACACACCGUUUUAUUCGGAUAAUCUAAUUCUUGUGAUUUUCUCGCUGAUCCGCGUCGGUUUUAGCUCUAUUUUUACCGUCGUUUUGAUGAGAUUGAGCUGGUCCGAAAAGCUCCAAAAAAACACAAUGUUUUACAUGUUUUAGGUGCAACGGACUGCCAGAUGAGGAUGAUUUGGAGAAAAUGGCAAUUUACGAGUGUAUUCAGGAGAUGGGUUUUUAUAAAUGCGGAAAAUGUUCGGAAAUCGAGGAAGAAUCGGAGGAAUCGGAGAAGAAUGACUGA